CAUCAAAACUGACAUCAUUUCAUGAGCUCAUGAAGGUGCGCUCCUGCGACAAUAGAAAACACAAUAUAUUAAUUUUGUGAUUGCACUUUUUGGAGAAAAAAGAGGAAUUUUCUCUCAACUUCACCUCUUAUGGAAACCACUUGCAGCAAAGCCAGAUGAGAGUUACUUCGAACUCUCUUCCUUUUUCUUUAUAGGGGAGACUGUCUAUAGUGAUGAAUUCAUAUUUGUCUUCAUUUAAUGCCUAACUUGUUGAUUUGUCUAUUAGUAAAGAUGGAAGGUUUUGCUGAUCUCCUCGAUGACGCAUUUUCAGAGGCUUCUGUUCCAUCAUUUCCCGAUGAAGAUUUGGACUUUGAGAAUUUGAGUUUUGAUGAGAAGAGUGAGGAAGACAAGACAAAAGACACAACAAAGUCAGAUGGGGUUCUGCUUCAGGAAGCAACUGCUGAAACAACCGCUUCGUUAGACAAGGCGGCCGAAGAGUUAUUGUACAAAGCUGAAAAUGACAAUGACGAGCAGAACAGCGAUGAAAGUGAUGAGGAGGACUUUAAAGGGGUCAUUCUCAUUAGCAAAAUACCUGAGAAUGAUUACACAAGCCCGGAUGGAGAAUCUGAGCAGGAAGGUUCUGUCUCUGGAGAAGAUGAAGAGGAGAAUGUUGGGUCAGCCGAAGAAGCAGGGGAUUUGUUGAUGUCAGUUCACUGCAGUGCUGAGUUCUACAGUGGUGAUAAAGAGAACAGGAUCUUUACUGAGGGGCGACCUAUGGCCCUGGAGAGUGCUGACUACCCUCGAGAUAGUAAUGAGGUGGAAAGUGAAGCAGAAAGUGAUGAGGACUUGGCCUAUUUUGGAGGAGUCCCUGAACGUGGGAAUGACAUGAUGAUGAAAGGUGCUGGGACUGAAGAGGACAAGCAAGAAAGAGAAGAGGAUUCCUCUGAUUCCAGCUGUGAAGGCAUGGGUGUAACCAUCGAACAAGAAGAAACAGAAAAUCCUUGGACUGAAGAGGACAAGCAAGAAAGAGAAGAGGAUUCCUCUGAUUCCAGCUGUGAAGGCAUGGGUGUAACCAUCGAACAAGAAGAAACAGAAAAUCCUUACAGGGAUGAUCCUGCAAAAGACAGCUUAGAGUUCCCAAGCAUACCUUUGCAAAAUCUGCAUGAUCUCAUUGCAGAAGUUGACAGUGAGGAAUAUGAAGAGAAAAUGACCGAUUUCUCAGGGGAGGAGCACCAAGAGGCAGGUGAGUGCUUUGCAGAGUAUCCUUCAGACUUGUCUUCUUUUGAAUAUGCAGAAGAUGGAGGAAAUAACCAAGAAAGCAAGUCAGAUACCUCAACUUGUAUGAAGCAGAAGACAUGCCUGGAAAAUGCUGUUACAGAAACAACAUGGAUGGAUAAUGCUGAGGAGACUGACGAUAAAAAGGAAAGUGGAGCUGGAGAACAAGAUGAAGGGACAUCAGAGCAUAUGUUGACUGUGGAGGGGUUGGAUGAGGGAGAUGGAACAGGUGAGAGCAGCAGCUCCAGUGACGAUGAAGAGCCAGUAAUGACAACCAGUGAGAAGCUCUUGAAUAAUUUGCACAUGCAAGAGCUUGAAUUUGUCAAACUGCUGGAGGAAACUCAGGUGUAUGAUGGAAGCAGUGCUGCAGUUCCCAGGUGGAGCAGCUCUGAUGAACAUGCUGUCACAAACAACAGAGCUAAUCCAUCAGAUUUCAUCAACUGGGAUUUUGACGUGUUAAAAACAGACAGUCUUCUCUCUGAAUACCUAUUAACCACAGAGGACACAGACAUGGAAGAGACACCUCCUUCAGAUGUGAAACAGUGUCCCGCUGAUGAGGUCAACAGCUAUUCCGAGGUGCAGAGACAAAUAAUGAGGCCCUCUAAUCAGGGAUCUCUCGAUGACAGCUUCUUCUUCAACUCUGAACCUGACCCCUCUGGGGUCUCUGAUCUGGGACAGCUGGGAGAUGACGAGUAUGAAGAGGAUAGGAACUGGGAACAGGAGCAGGAGAGAAUCAAGGCUUUCUACAGAUUUUACGAUGACAAUGAUGAAGAAAAUGGAAGAGAAGGGAGGCAGAUAAAAGUUCAGUUUUGUGCUAAUCCCUUGUCUCAAGUCAUUCACUUUGAAACUGACAGCAGUGACACGGGUUCACUCAGCAGCUUCACGGACAGGGAGGAGGACCUGAGCUCUACAGAAACACCUGAGGAGCCUGAAGACAACCUGCAAAUAAAACCUGCAACUGAUCCCCCAAAUAUUCAGCUACCAGAGAGUAUGUCAGACCUCAGCCACACACAAAUCUGCACAGGAACUUCCAAGUGUCUCAGUAUGCUGAAGCUGAUUUUGAAGAUGAGUGUGGUGAUGGUGAUGGGGCUGCUGAUGAUCUGGCUGACCACCGACCAGAUGGACUGGCUCAACCAGCACUUCUUCUUUUAGGGCUGUUGUUAAUUGUUGUUGAUAAUUAAAUUUUGUUUAUGUUCUUUUGGGGUGGGGGGGGGGUGUAUCUUGUUUUUAAAAAAAAAAAGCAGAUUAAAUGUCUCAGCAAUAGAAUUUUUGUACAUAGAAAAAUAUGUUCUGCUCCCAGUUUCAGUUGUGUGCUUAAUAAAGUUUUCUCUUUGUUUAAAAUGA